GUCACCUUCAUAUAAACCUCUGCAGACCAGUACGGCUAGCUCCUUCGUUUUCUCAGCCUCAUCGAAAACUGAGAAACCCAAGUUCAGUAGCCGUUUCAAAACUCAAAACCCGGCUAGCCACUCCCUAUCAUUUUACUUCUAACAUGAAGACGACUCGGCACAGCUUCCUUCUGGUUCCAGUUCUGGUUAUGGCUCUUGCUGCGUUUUCAUGUAUUGUCAUGGCUUGCUCCGAUGGACAGUGCAAGCUCUUAGAUCCGUGCUCGGUGGACGGAGAUUGUGAGGCGGGGCUUUACUGUUUCGGUUGCGCUUUGGAGUAUUCCGGCUCCAAAUGUGUGAGAUCAACCACCACCAACCAAUUCCAGCUUUUGAAUAAUUCUCUGCCAUUCAACAAAUAUGCAUUUUUGACAACCCACAAUGCUUAUGCUAUCGAUGGAGAGCCAUCUCAUACUGGAAUCCCUCGUGUUACCUUCACAAAUCAAGAAGACACUGUCACUCAACAACUGAACAAUGGAGUUCGAGCCCUAAUGCUUGAUACCUAUGACUUUGAUGAUGGUGUCUGGUUGUGCCAUUCCUUCAAAGGAAAAUGCCAUGACUACACUGCAUUUGAGCCGGCUCUAGAUACAUUGAACGAAAUCCAAGCAUUUUUAUCAGCAAACCCAGGAGAAAUCGUGACAUUGAUAUUAGAGGACUAUGUUGAAGCUCCAAACGGAUUGACAAACGUUUUCAAAGCUGCAGGAUUGAUGAAAUACUGGUUUCCGGUAUCAAACAUGCCCAAAAGUGGUCAGGACUGGCCGCUGGUUAGCGAUAUGGUUGCCAAGAACCAAAGGCUACUUGUAUUCACUUCAAAACAAGAGAAGGAACAAUCUGAAGGGAUUGCAUACCAGUGGAACUACAUGGUUGAAAACCAGUAUGGGAAUGAUGGAAUGAAAGCGGGAAGCUGUUCAAAUAGAGGUGAAUCGUCGCCUCUAAAUGACAAGACUAAAUCAUUGGUGUUGGUUAACUAUUUUGGGACAGUCCCCAUUAAGCAGCUCUCUUGUAAAUUCAAUUCUGAGGAUUUGGUUAGCAUGCUUAACACUUGUUAUACUGCUGCUGGAAACCGAUGGGCUAAUUUUGUUGCCGUCGAUUUUUACAAGAGGAGUGCAGGGGGAGGAUCGUUUCAAGCUACAGACACUCUCAAUGGAGAACUCAUAUGUGGAUGUAAUGAUGUCCAUGCAUGUGUGCCAGGAUCAACUACACCCUGCAAGGUAUAGAAGGAAGCAUUGUAAUUUAUCAUAUCAAUAAGCUUAUCAAAAGAUCUGUAGUAUUCGAAGGCAAUCAAAAUCCAGAUUUCUCGAAAA